AGAAUUCAAACUCCGUAUCACUCUUGUCGUUCUUUGCCGUGAACGUUCUUUUGACAAUCACAAGAGCGAGCUGUCAGUGCAGGUAAGCCAGAUUGUCGACCUUGCGUUCAGGUGGUCUAGUGGCGACGCUGCCGGACUACAGCAAACUACGGCGAGCUGCUGGCAGACGAUUUGGGGGUGGAUGUUCUGAGUCAGUGACUGAUACCUUUGCCUGCCAGGGCUGCCCAAGAUGUCUCUCGUUCUCCCAGAACCCCACCAGCAAUUCCAGCAUAUCCUCCGUCUGCUGAACACGAACGUCGAUGGAAAGCGCAAGAUUAUGUAUGCUCUAACCGAGAUCAAGGGUGUCGGACGUCGCUAUUCCAACUUGGUCUGCAAGAAAGCGGACGUUGACCUCACCAAACGAGCUGGAGAACUUAAUUCUGACGAACUGGAGCGUAUCGUUACGAUCAUACAAAAUCCUACUCAGUUCAAAAUCCCGACGUGGUUUUUGAACAGGCAAAAAGACAUAGUUGAUGGAAAGAACUCUCAAAUAUUAUCAAAUGGAGUGGAUUCCAAGCUUCGCGAUGACCUUGAGCGAUUGAAGAAAAUCCGAGCCCACCGUGGGCUCAGACACGUUUGGGGCCUGCGGGUACGAGGCCAACACACGAAAACAACAGGUCGUCGGGGAAAGACCGUUGGUGUGUCGAAGAAACGUGGUUAGGCACUACCAUCGAAUUAUAUUUGCUCCGUAUCCUACUUCACAUGAGUUUGAUUGCAAUCAAGUUUGUCUUCCGCAGUCGCUGUUCAGCUUUACC